AUGGAGCUGACUUUCUUAAUUAAUCGAGAUGGAACAAAUACCAAGAGGGGACAUGCACGCCGGGCGUGUAACUCUUGUCGCCACAAAAAGAAACGCUGCUAUCACAAUAUCUCCGAGGAGCAAUUAGCUGAUGGGACUUCUUCGCCUAAAAUCUCUAGUGUCACAAGUAGGCAAAGUCCUGUAUCUCAGACUUCAAGACGGGAUGCAGCAGUCCGAGAUAGAUCUGCAUCUCCAAGAGGUGAGCGACCAAAUGGGUCUUCGCUUCAUAAUCUGGUGCAACAACGGGCCGAAUUUAUCGCCCCUGAUACAGGUCCAGCUGCAGAGGUCGAUCAAGAAUCUCGUCGUUUUGCGUGCGACUCACACCCUGUAGCGACACUCAUGGAACAAAACGAGUCAAGGUUGAAAGAGGGUCGAUCCCAGAAAGGAGAUGUUGGUGCAUGGCUGGGUGUCGAGGAGAGCUCCGUUGACCAGGGCGAAACUCCUGGCUCCUCUUCACGAACACCACUAGGGACCCAUGUUCACCCCGACUGCCUGCCCCCGAAAGACUGCGAGGAGGCCUUGGUAGACAUCUAUUUUCGUCGGAUACACCCAUUACUGCCUCUUUUUGACGAAGACAGCUUUCGAAACCAGCACAGAGCAGGUAGACUCCCUCUACGGCUUGUGCAGGCGAUUUGCCUUAUUGCAGCGAAGGACCAGGGCGCGGUGCCUUUCCUAUGCCUUGGUCCCAAUUCAAACCCCCUUCCACUGCAGAAAUUCAGCACCAUCCUCUACACUGAUGCCAUGCAAAACAUCUCGAGAAGGCCAGAGAAAAAAGCACUUGCAAUACAAAUUUUGGCCCUUCUCUCACUGCACGAAUGGGGCUCCACUGGAUCCGAGGAUUGUUCUUUGAAUCUGGCCCAGGCUAUUCACCAUGCCCAGACCAUGGGGUUGCAUUUGCUGAGGCCAGACCAAAAUUCUGGUACAUCUCCCAGGGGUCUCUUCUGGUGUCUGUGGAGUCUAGACCGAUGGAACGCUGCUAUGAAUGGGAGGCCUUUAAUGAUACACGACGGAGACUUGAGUCAGAGGGUGGACGACGUUGUUUCAACGUUUCAAUCGCCGUUUCGUGUCUGGCUUCGAAUUGCCGAUAAGCUCGGGGAAGUGAUGAACUUCUACCGACCGAUCAUGAAAGGCAUGGAUCAGAGUGAACUCGAUCUUCCCUCCUUUGAGGAUAUUGUGGAGCACUGUGAGGCUUGGGACAUGCCCCCGUACCUACUUGAGUCCCUUGAGCUUGUUUAUCACUCUGUGAUUAUUCUGUCAACACAUUCCAGCGGGUUGCAAGGCCGAUCACGGCCACGAGCGUCAAAAAUCCGACAAAGUCAUUCAAUACUUACCAUGGCGUCGCUCAGUUACAAUCGUGAUAUUCGGGAAUUCCUGCCGUUUCCCAUGAUCGGUUACACCAUCUCGCUCGUAUUCUCGGUCACGUACAAACAGCUGAGAGAAAGCAAACUACCAAGUGCGCGCCACACGGCGAUUUCCCAAAUUCAUUUAUUUCAUCAAUGUCUCAAGAAAAUGGGCACCACAUGGUGGUCGGCCGCUGUGAUGACUCGUCUAGGCCAGCGUGUGUUGAACAACAUCCAACCCAUCAUAGACCAGGAACGUUCCACAGGUCCAGACAUCAAUAUCACCCGACUAAACCCUCAGCAUGAAUCGAGCCGUAUAUCUUCACAGCCACUUACCCCCGUUGAUAAUAUGCAGUCGCACUCGGCUAUUGACAUUCCGUAUGUGGCGACACGGAUUAAUGCAGAAUAUCAGAGUGCACACCUUCUGGCUGAUGAUCUACUAGGAUCAGAUAAACCUUUGGAUUUUGAAGUAGACAGCACGCCAUUAUUGACUACAGCUGAAAUUGAGGAUUUCGAUACCUUUUUCGGCAAUUUCCUUGAUGUCGGCUUUCCAAACUCUGCGAAUAAUCAAUCGUUACUAGGUCUGGACAUGCCGGACUUCGAAUUUGUUCAUCCCGAUAUAACUUAA